AUCUUCUAAUGUUGGAGUUCUCUGAUGCCUUCAUCAUUUUACAAAGAGGAUAGACCUCAACACAGGGCAAGGGAAGCAAACCAAUGGCAGCAGAAGGGACUGGGAACACCCCUCAAGGGCAACUGCAGGGAUGGUCUUGCUGCAAGAGACGCACCACAGAUUUUUCUGAUUUCUUGAAUAUUCCGGGUUGUACUAAGGGAAAGCAUUCCAAUGAAAAGCCUUCUGAGCCUAUCAAACCUGAAGUGAAGACCUCAUCAGAACCAGAGCUGAAACCGAAGAGUAAUGAAAAUGUUAUGCAGAGCCGAAGACCAGUUGAAGCAAUCGUAAGACCAAGGUAAAAUUUAUAUAUAAAACAGAAAAAAUUAAGUUAGUUUGUGAGGAAUGUGCCUUUAAACAAAGUCCUGAUUGAAGGUCAAAUAAUUGGGAGCUUUUGAAAUCUGUCAUUGAGAUCUGUAUGUCUAUUUAAUUUGUUAAAGUUUGUGCUCUUUUUGAAAAUACGUUAGUCAUGUUCUGUAUGAAUAUUAGCUCCAUGGACAAGUUUUUGCUUCCUAUGAACUGAAACUUUUGUACCAAAUUUCUUGUAACCAAAAACUGCUGCAUAUGGUAUGGAAUCAAAGAUAGUAGGAACUGCAGAUGCUGGAGAAUC